AUUUUCGAUUAGAAAGAAAGCUGUUUUGGGAACUAAAAAUUGAUCACUUUUGCACCUUGCCGAAGCUCACUUAUAAACAUUGAAUUCACUCCCACAUUCAGAUAGACGAGAUUCAACCCGAAAAACCUUCGAGUGACAUUUGGUUUAUUAUUUAACAGUCCAUAUGAUAAAAAAGAUCCCUUGAUCUUGACAUUUCUUUCACAUCAUCUAUCCAUGAAAAAUAUUUAUGAUAAUAACGCAUGGCAAAAUUUAAAUGACACUCUCCUUUCUCAUGUAAUUAUAAAGGCUUUAGAGAAAUUAAAAUAUGUCAGACCAACUCCUGUUCAGGCUGCUACAAUUCCUCUCUUCUUAAGAAAUAAAGAUGUCUGUGUUGAAGCUGUCACAGGUAGUGGUAAAACACUCGCAUUUGUUAUUCCUAUAUUGGAAAAAUUACUUCGUUCGAAUUGCAAUAUCAAAGAUUUUAAAAUAAAAACCAUUAUCCUAUCCCCUACUAGAGAAUUAGCUCAACAAACCUAUCAAGUCAUUACAGAACAGUUUUUAAAUUUCUUUGCAGAUUAUUACAAUACAAAUAUCCCACACAAAGAAGGUGACUUAAAUACAACAAACAACUUUAGCAAUAUCAAAAAUGUGGAUGAUGUAAAUGUCUUGAACAAUGAACAAAAUUUGAACACUACAUCAAACACUCUUACAAAUGAGUCUAUUAAUCCAAAAUAUCUGGAUGAUUCAAAUGCUUUAAAUAAUGUUAGCAACACAAAUUUCAUUCCACAAAUUGUUAAUCCAAUUAUCAGAUGUUGUCUAAUGGUUGGUGGUUUAGGCAGCCCAGAGCUAGAUUUGAAACGUUUUGUGGAGAUGGGAGGCUGCCAUAUUUUGAUAGCCACUCCUGGGCGACUUGAAUAUCUAUUAUCACGAUCUAUUAAAAUUACGAUCAACAAUGGCAUCUGUCAACGACCAAUCACCCUUUCAAGGUGUGUCAAUGAAAUCGAAAACUUGGUAUUAGAUGAAGGGGACAAGUUUUUGGAGAUGGGAUUCAUGCCUAGCUUACAAAAUAUCCUCAGCUACUUGCCUAAACAGAGAAGAACUUGCCUCUUUUCAGCUACUUUGAAUGAACAGAUCGAUGGCUUAAUCAAGGCUGGCCUAAGAGAUCCCGUUUCAGUGAUAGUUAGACAGAAAAUGGCUUCCUUGUCAUGUGACCCCACGAUAACCCUUGCAACUAAUAGCGUUCCGGCUUCCCUCAAAUGUUUCUACCACGUUUCGGACUACUCAUCUAAAUUGAAUUCUCUCGUGGGCUUGCUCAUAAGCCAGGAUUCACCUUUAUACAGUGCCAAGAAAAUUUUGGUAUUUGUUAGCAAUAGAUCCAGCGCCCUAUAUUUUGCCAAAGCCUUAAAACUGUUUUUCGAUGAAUUUUACGGUUUUAGCGACGUAAAAGAUGCCAAAAAUAAUGAUAGGAAUAAUUAUAGAAAUACGAUAACGGGGCAAAACCAAUCAGAAAAUUUCGAGACUGAACGUUGUCGCCGAGUUAGUUCUUUUAAUUCAUACAAAGAAUUUCGACCUCUCGUGUCUUGCCUACACCGCAAAAUGAGGGCUUCAAAACGUUCCAAAAUAUUAGGUUCCUUUAAAUCGCUAGACGAUGUCGAUCAUCUCGACAAGACACCCAAUAAAAAUGCCGGAAAUUUUAUAUCUGGAAAACUCGAAACAAAUUCGUCGAUAUCUAUCCUUACCGCCGACACUUUAACAAAUAUAGAUGAAAUUUCUGACACAUCUACAAAAAAACUAGUCAAAAAUGCCAAAAAGCGGGGCAAAAGCGUAUCUAAUCUUAGCCAUGAACUAGAUACGAAACACAUCCUAAUAGCGACGGACCUAAUGGCCAGGGGAAUACACAUUUCCGGAUUAGACUGGGUAGUCCAUUUUGAUCCACCCAGUGAUGGUCAGAUGUUUGUUCACAGGUCGGGAAGAACAGCCAGAGCUGACCAACUAGGCCGAGCUCUGCUCAUGUUACAUAGCCCUGGGCCGGAAACAGAUAUAGUGGAAUAUCUGGCCGUGAGUUUUGGCGUAGCUAUCAGACCCUUACUUUUAAAGGGAAAUAAAAGCCUUAUUUCAAACCCUGAAAUUCCUGAUAUAUUGGAACUCGUGCGAUGUGAAGCCCAAAGGGACAGAUCCUUCAUGCUUAAAGGUGUCAAAGCGUUUGUAUCGCACGUCAGAUCCUACGCUGAAAAUAAGCUUAAUUUGAUCUUCCGGGUUAAAGACUUACCGCUCGGCGAAUUGGCCAAUGGUUUUGGUCUUCUGUACUUACCCAAAAUGCCAGAAGUAGCUAAGCAACAUAGGCAAUCCGAUUAUAACCGAUUAAAUCACGCGAAAUUGAAGGAAGAAGUAUUUGUAUCGAAUAUCGAUUCGAAACACUUGGAUCCAUCAUUUCUUAACCCAGAAAAAAAGGAAGAAAGAGGUAAUGUGAAAUUAGAGCCUCUUCUAUCAACAAUAAGAGGGGAAAUUUUGGGAUUUAAAGUUCCUUUUCCGAGUCUAGACAUUGGAAGCGUACCAUACACUGACCCGGACCUCGAAGAGAAAAGAUUGAAAAUUUUGGCCGAAAAGAAAUGUUCCGAUCUUAUCAAAGGUUCUAACACUGAGGAUAAACCAGAUUCUAAGAUAAAGGGAUCAAAAAAAAUUUUAAGUCGGAGACGGAGGGCAAAAAGAAAGCAGGUUUUGGAUAAGAAAGACAUUCAAGAAUUCGCUAUAGACGCCAGGUUGCUUAAAAAGCUCAAAAAGAAAAAGAUAAAUACCAGUGAUUUUGAUAAAGAAUUCUAUUCUGGGUUGUGAAAAUUUAUGCCAUUUCACGGUGCCAAUUUUUCAGUUAUCCCAUCAAGUCUAAAAAAGGCUAGGGCUCAAUUUAAUAGUUAUAUCGUGACAGCCUUUUUCGCAGAAAAAAAACACAUUUCGCAUACUUUAUAAUAUAUAUACAUACAAUAAAAAAACAAUGAUAUUAUAAAUAUUAUACAGAAUUUCCCCAAAAAUUCAUAAUAAA